GACGCGCUGGACGCGACAUGCGCGCCGACGCCGACGCCGACGCGGCGCCGCGCGCCGCGAGCGCCGACGCGAACGCGCGCGUCGUCGGCGCCGACGCGUCGGACGCGCGCGACGCGCGAAACGACGCGGUGCGCGGACGAGAUGUCGAAGGCGAUGUCGAUCGCGCGCGCGACGGCGACGCGCCGACGGUGUCGAGCGUGGUCGACGCGCUCGUGAAGCAUCACCUCGCCGAACGCGAAGGGAAGCGGACGUCGCGAAUGCCGUCGCACGAAUUCUGGGAGACGCAACCCGUGCGACAAUUCGGCGAGGACACGUCGCGCGGCGCGGAGCUGCGGGAAGGACCGAUCGACCCGCCGAAACUCGCGAGUGAGACGAGCGAGAGCGGAGGCGCGCUGCCGCCGGGGUACGAGUGGUGCUCGUGCGAUAUGACGGACUCGAGGACGCAGGAGGAGGUGUACGAGCUGUUGACGAACAACUACGUGGAGGACGACGACGCGAUGUUUCGAUUUCAAUACUCGCAAGAGUUUUUAAAGUGGGCGCUGCGACCGCCGGAGUAUCACGGUGAUUGGCACGUUGGAGUGCGGUUGAAGGUGACGCAGACGCUCGUGGCGUUCAUCACGGGCGUGCCGGCGAAACUCAGGGUGAAGGGGAAAGAAAUCGACUUGGCGGAGAUCAAUUUCUUGUGCAUUCAUAAAAAGUUGCGCUCGAAGCGCAUCGCGCCGACGCUCAUCAAGGAGAUUACGCGACGGGUCAACGCGAAAGAUGUGUGGCAAGCGACGUACACCGCGGGAGUGCUGUUGCCGAAGCCGAUAUCGAAAGCGCGUUAUUGGCAUCGGAGUUUGGAUAUUAAAAAGCUCGUCGACAUCGGAUUCACGCGCCUGGGUCGCGACGCCUCGAUGUCACGCGCGGUGCAGAUGUUCAAGCUUGCCGCGAAGCCAAAAUCGGAAGGGUUGCGUCACAUGACCGAGGCCGACGUUCCACGCGUGACGGCGUUGUUGAGCAAAUAUUUGACUAGAUUCGCCGUGGCGCCCAUAAUGAAUGAGGCCGAAGUUCGGCACUGGUUGUUGCCGCGCGAGGACGUCGUGUUUUCAUACGUCGUCGAGGACGAGAAGACGAACAAGAUCACCGACUUCGUCAGCUUUUACAACUUACCGUCGCAAAUCAUUCACAGCAAAACCAAGCACAAAACUCUGAAGGCGGCGUACUCGUAUUACAACGUCGCGACGUCCAUGCCGCUCGUGAAGCUCAUGGAAGACGCCCUCAUUUUGGCGCGAAACAACGCAUUCGACGUCUUCAACGCGCUCGAUUUGAUGGAAAACGAAUCCUUCCUGAGCGCGCUCAAUUUCGGCAUCGGCGACGGGAAUUUGCACUAUUACCUCUACAACUGGCGGAUAUUGGAAGAUUUAGAACCUAGCGAGAUCGCCCUCGUGCUCACGUGAUUCCUUGCGCCGUCA